AUGUCGGACUCCAAAAUUCAUCCGGCAAUGACUGUCUUGAACAUUAAGACUAGUAUUCCUAUGACUCUUGAGAUGGAUAAUUCUCAAUACUCCACGUGGGCGGAGCUAUUCAAGGUUCAUGCUCAUUCUCAUAAGGUCCUCCACCAUAUUAUUCCCGACAAGAAGGUUGCUCCACCUUCUACCGACGCGGAAAAGGACGUGUGGUCGAUUCUCGAUGCGGCUGUUUUAGGGUGGAUUUAUUCCGCUAUUUCUUAUGACCUUUUGAACACAAUCAUUGAACCCGACUCAACGGCCAUGGCAGCUUGGAAAAGGUUGAAAUACAUUUUUCAAGACAAUCAGAAUUCUCGUGCCGUUGCUCUUGAACAUGAUUUCUCAAACACUCAUAUGUAG